AUUUUUAUUCUAUGAACAGAACCGCCAUUUUUGUUACUGAAAGCACGAGCAGGUCGGGCUUUCUCAAAGAAGCGUUUUCCAAUUUUCCAUUGAUCCAGGUAUCAGCAAAUUUUUCAAACUAUGGGAGUCCAAGUUGAAUCUAUCAGACCUGGAGACGGAUCAACAUUUCCUAAAACCGGGCAAACUGUUGUCGUUCACUACACAGGCACUUUACAAAAUGGGACAAAGUUUGACUCUUCGAGAGAUCGAGGAGCUCCAUUCAAGUUCCGCAUCGGAAAAGGAGAAGUAAUUAAGGGUUGGGAUGAAGGAGUAGCACAGUUGAGUGUGGGCCAACGAGCAAGGUUGAUUUGUUCUCCUGAUUAUGCUUAUGGUUCUCGAGGUCAUCCCGGGAUUAUUCCUCCAAACUCCACCCUGAUUUUUGAUGUUGAGCUCCUGAAGGUGGAAUAAACAGCAAUAAAAUACUUGUUGGUGCACCAACUAGUCCUUUUAUUGUAUAUCUUGAAUUUAAUAGCAUGUUACAAAUCAGGUCUUAAAUUAUCUGCCAAUAGGUUAAAUGAAUAAUUGUAGAGUGAAUAUGCUUGAUUUAUUCUACUAGUUAUUAACAAGAGUGAUUGUGGAUGUAUCUAGACUUGUGUUAAUAUUACCUGAAAUACAGUACUAAAAAAGGA